AAUACAGUAGUACUUUGAAUCAAAACAAAAAAAAAAUGAAUUGCCUGAAAAAUCGUCAUAUUUCUCUGAUAUAUCGAUGGCAAAAUUGCAGUUAUGGUACGUCAUCGAAUCAGAUAUCGAGAGUGAUGAAGAAACUUUCGCUCAUGGGAAAAAAGGAAAAGAAAGUGUGGUAUGAAUCAACCGAUUCUUCAUCAACCAUUCAUGCUCUGUCGACAGCCAACAUUCCGAAGAAACGAGAGCCUACAAAACAAGGACUGCGGAGAAUCAAUAUGUUGGAAAAACUCUUUAUGCGAAAUAUCACUGAUUUGAUGGCAACAGGAGACAUAUCAGAAGAGUUAUUGGGUAAAGGCAUUCAGAUUACUAAAGUCAAGGUUGCGCAAGACUUCAAAAUGGUAAACGUUAUGUGGGUUGCCAGCGGGAAAAUAGAAAACGACAUGGAAAUAGAGAAAACUUUGAAAAGAACAGCGGGUUUAUUGAAACACGAAUUAUCGCAGCUUCGAGUGAUGGGCGUUGUUCCAUUCAUAAACUUUGUGAAGGAUAAAAAAGCAACACGUGUGAAUGAAGUAGAGGAAUUGCUGAAGAUAGCCGACUAUCCAGAAGAUCACAAACCAAUUAUGAUGGCUGACAGACUAAGAGAAGAUCUUGAAUUGCGAAGCACGUUAUCGCCCGAAGUUGUGAAGAAAAUAAAAGCACUCGAAGCAAUUGAAGAUGAAGAACUUGACGAAAAUCCCUUACCCGAAAUGCAACAUAAUGUUUUUGGAUUGAAUCAAGCGGAUAUUUUGAAGAAAAUCAGUAGAGAAAAAGACAAAGUGAGAGCAGCUUGGGAAGUGUACGAGGGAAAAAGUUCAUGCAUUAAUGUAGGACAAAAUGUUGAAAAUCUCAAACUUCAAUCCGCCGAAUCUGAAGAAAUGUUGAGAUCAAAGUUCAAAAAGUAUCUAGAAUCAAAAGACUUUAACAAAACAGACAGAAAAAGGUUCAAAUUAAACUCCAUAAAUUCCUAUGAAACUGCACAGUUUGAAGAUGUAGGAGAUGAGGAUAUCAAUUUCAGAGAUGAAGAUUAUCUGGAUGAAUUCGAAGAUGAUUUUUCAACAACAAAAAAACAAUAGUAUUUCUUUAGGCUUUUCCAGGGGCGUAGCAAGGCGAAAAUUUUUGGAAGGGCAAACAGAACAAAUAAAAUUUUUUAUCCCCAAAUUCUGAAAAAUUCCUU